CUUCUAGUCACAAAUUGAGUUGUUUGUGAACCGACUGGACUCUGUGGAAUCAGUCCUACCAUAUGAAUAUGAUGCUUUUGACUUUUGUCAAGAUGCAACUGAGAAAAGGCCUUCAGAAAACCUGGGACAAGUCUUGUUUGGAGAGAGAAUCGCUUCGUCCCCCUACAAGUUUACCUUUAACAAAGCAGAAACAUGCAAGAAGGUCUGUAUGAAAUCUUAUGACCCAGAGAAAGCUGAAGAUGUGAGUAAGCUGGCAUUUUUGAAGAAAGGAAUGCAGUUAAAUUACCAGCACCACUGGAUUAUUGAUAAUAUGCCAGUAACCUGGUGUUAUGAUGUAGAAGACGGACAGAAAUAUUGUAAUCCAGGAUUUCCAAUUGGAUGUUUUGUUACUGCAGCUGGCCGGGUUAAAGAUGCCUGUGUUAUGAGUGCUGACUUCAACAAGAAGAAUACGUUCUACCUCUUCAACCAUGUUGAUAUUACUAUCAUGUAUCACAGUGGAAAGGAUGAGAACUGGCCUGGAGCUCGAUUAGUUUCAGCAAGGCUGGAACCCAGAAGUUACAAACAUACAGAUAAAAAUGGCUUAAUCUGUGAUGGCCUCCCAAUGGAAAUUCCUGCAGUGUUCUCAGAGAAGUUGGAUCUGAUCUACACUUACUCUGUGAAAUUUAUAGAAAACAACAGUAUUAAGUGGGCUUCGAGAUGGGACUACAUCUUGGAAUCCAUGCCUCAUACCAAUAUUCAGUGGUUUAGUAUAAUGAAUUCUCUUGUGAUAGUUCUUUUCUUAUCUGGAAUGGUGGCCAUGAUCCUUCUGAGGACACUUCAUAAAGAUAUUGCAAGAUACAACCAAAUGGACUCCUCGGAGGAUGCCCAGGAGGAAUUUGGGUGGAAGCUGGUCCACGGAGAUGUGUUCAGGCCUCCCAGGAAGGGCAUGCUGCUGUCUGUCUUCUUGGGCCAGGGGACGCAGAUUUUCAUAAUGACAUUUAUUACAUUGUUCUUUGCCUGCCUUGGAUGUCUUUCGCCAGCCAACAGAGGGGCCUUGAUGACCUGUGCGGUUGUGCUCUGGGUCUUGCUGGGGACGCCUGCAGGUUACGUUUCUGCUCGCAUGUACAAAACAUUCAGAGGUGAAAAAUGGAAGACGAAUGUGUUGCUGACUGCUCUCCUGUGCCCUGGAGUUGUUUUUGCUGACUUCUUCAUCAUGAAUCUUAUCCUUUGGGUAAAAGGGUCUUCAGCUGCUAUCCCUUUUGGCACACUGGUUGCUAUCCUGGCCAUGUGGUUUGGAAUAUCUGUCCCCUUAACUUUUGUUGGUGCAUACUUCGGAUUCAAGGAGAAGCCAAUUGAGCACCCAGUGCGUACAAACCAGAUUCCUCGACAAAUCCCAGAGCAAUCCUUUUUCACGAAACCUCUUCCGGGUAUCAUCAUGGGUGGCAUCUUGCCCUUCGGAUGUAUCUUUAUUCAGCUCUUUUUCAUUCUGAACAGCAUUUGGUCCCACCAAAUGUACUACAUGUUUGGAUUCUUGUUCUUGGUGUUUAUCAUUCUUCUGAUCACAUGUUCAGAGGCAACAGUCUUGCUGUGCUAUUUUCAUCUAUGCGCUGAGGAUUAUCACUGGUGGUGGAGAUCAUUCUUAACCAGCAGCUUCACAGCCGUCUAUCUCUUCAUCUAUGCAGUUCAUUAUUUCUUCUCAAAACUUCAGAUCACAGGAACUGCCAGCACUAUUUUAUAUUUUGGAUAUACCAUGAUCAUGGUUCUGAUUUUCUUCCUUUUCACUGGGACAAUUGGAUUCUUCACCUGCUUUUGGUUCGUUAGUAAGAUUUACAGCGUUGUGAAAGUGGACUGAAGAGUGUGCUCUUGAACAUAUCUCUUGCGCUGCUGGAUAUUUUUUUUAACCAUGUAUUGAGAAUAAACAAUCACAUCUUUAAAAUAGUUAGAAAUACAGAGUUUGCUGGCUUUAAACGGAACUGGAUUGAAGAAACAUGGGAGAGUUCUGAAGAACUUGAAUUGCUUUUUACAAAUGGCGCAUCCAAAGUUUUUUUUUUUAAAUGUGAAGCUGAAAGAGCAACCCCAGUUUGAGCAACAGAUGACAAUGUACAUUACACAUUUUUUUCCAGCUGAAGUUUAUUGUGACUUGGUUACUUCUCUUUUUACACAGUUACUUGAUUAUUCUGUCACAGUAUAGGACCGUCCUGUAAAAUCUAAUGUAAAAAUGUGACUUUUUUAACAUAUAAAAAGUGUAUCUAUACAUAAUGCACAACAUCCCCUUUGCAAGU